CGUGUGAGGCAAGCGACGCCUGUCCCAAGUAAGGAUGUCUCUAUAUCGGAAUAGCAUCUGGUUUUUAAAGGGAAUUCAUGAAUACACAAGGAAGGGCUUUGAGGCUGCUGCCAAGCGUUUUGUGGAGAAAGACCUGGAGGUGUCUGUGGCGGGGCGGUCCUUCAUGAUCACAGGAGCCAACAGUGGGAUCGGCAAAGCCGCAGCCAUCGGCAUUGCUAAGAGAGGUGGUGUAAUCCACAUGGUGUGCAGAAACAAGGACAAAGCUGAAGAGGCCAGAGCUGAAAUUGUCAAAGAGACGGGCAACAAAGAAAUCCAUGUCCACAUCCUGGACUUGUCAGAGACCCGCAAAGUUUGGGAAUUUGCAGAAGCUUUCAAGAAAAAAUUCAAAUCUCUGAAUGUACUGAUCAACAAUGCAGGCUGCAUGGUGAAGGAGAGGGAGGUUAACACCGAAGGACUAGAGAAGAACUUUGCCAGCAACACUCUGGGGGUAUACAUUCUCACCAAGAGUCUGAUUCCUUUACUGGAAAAAAGCAGCGACCCCCGCGUGAUUACUGUGUCCUCUGGUGGAAUGUUGGUGCAGAAGCUCCGCCCUGGAAACCUGCAGUCCGAGAGGGGCCCAUUUGAUGGCACCAAGGUCUACGCUCAGAAUAAGAGGCAGCAGGUGGUGAUGACGGAGCAGUGGGCCAAAAUGCACCCCAACAUCCACUUCGCUGUCAUGCACCCCGGUUGGGCUGACACACCAGCAGUGGCAGCGGCGAUGCCAGACUUCUACCGAUCCAUGCAGGAUAAGCUGCGCAGUCCAGAGCAGGGCGCCGACACAGUGGUGUGGCUGGCCGUGUCCGAGGCUGCUGCUGCCAAGCCCAGCGGACGCUUCUUCCAAGAUCGAAAGAUGGUUUCAACCCACCUGCCUCUGGCCUGGACCCACAGCCCUCAGGAGCAGGACGAGAAGUUCAUGGUCGUGCUGGACGAGAUGGCUAAAUCCUUUCAGCCUCACUGAGGAAAAGUCACGGUCCAGCUGCUCGACCGCUUCUGAACGGUCAACUUGGGUUACACCCGAUUCAUCGUUCACAGCUACAGUGUCCACAUUUCGCUUGACUAAAUCUACUAAUGUCUGUUUGAAUUCAUGUACCUUCACCAUCAUGUCCUGUACAGUCCUGUCUGAAAGGAUGUACACUGUGUGACUGUUAGCCAAGGUGCAGUAUUUUAUUUUAACCCUGUACAACACCAGGGCCACCUCAAUGAGGAGCAGAGGAGGGCACUUGGCUUUAGAUUCCACUAUGAUGCCUUGAGAUAUUACAGGAGUUGUGAAUCAGGAGGUUGGCUAGAAGGUUGUGUUAUGGACAUUCAGCAGUAUGAAUAAUAGUUUAUGGUGGUCUGUGGUAGAGAAGGUGAAACAUGAAGGCCAUGUGUUACCCAUUUAUGAGGAAGUAUUCCAUUUCCUCUGUGAAGCAAAGGCAGGAAUGUGCACUUUCAUUGAGGACAACAGGUGUGUUCAGGUUGAGUUUGAGAACAGCGGUAUCCACUGGUUCUCUUGACGUCUCUCAAGGACUUGACUAAAGAUGUUGUAUGUGGACAGGAAUCUCAAAUCACCAGCUUAGUCCAGGUGAUAAUCAGUGGUUGAAAGGCACCCCUCACAAGGCUAGCGAUGUGAGACUUCAUGCAUUCUGUAAGGGGUAGAGCCACCAUAUGCAGUCACUGAAUCAUACAACCCAAUCAAAACACUUUGCUGUCUAUGGCAAAACACCAAUUUGUUCAAAUCAGUCAGUCACUGAUGACAUAUGGUAGCUACACCCAUUUAUGACUGCUAAUGGUAUGGAGUUCUGCGGGCCAAACGUUCCACAAGAUUUCUCAUUGUGCUAAGAGAUGAAGUCAAGAACCAGAGGCUGUGCAGUCUGUGAAGUUUUAAAGUAGAUGUGAACUUUGCAUCCCAACAGCAUGUCAGAACUACACUUACUGCAUUAAAACAGCAUGGUUACUCCAUCCUUCAUGUCACUGUGGUGGGCCUAAUAGUGAGCCCUGGGGAAAGUUACUGGUGAAAGUGGAGUUAACCUCAAUACACUAUGUGACUGCUGGGUGACCACCCUUUUCUGAACAUUAAUGCAUGCUUUAACUACUCUAAUACAUGUAGUUUGCGCUUGAAAUGGUUGGAGCAGAGUACUAAAGCCUAAUGCUUUUGUGUGGCAGUGUACAGGGUGAAAGGAUUUGUGGAUUCCAACAAACCAGGACUGUAUAAGCUGGUGAUAGUUUGUAUUAAGGACUCCAUAUAAAUAAAACACGUCAACUUUGCUUGA